CUUUUUGUCUCCCGGUCCUGCAGUCUCCACGCCAUCCGCUGUGUGAGGAAUGACGGUGGCUCCAUGAGAGAACUUCCUCGCAUCUUUCGCUCGCUCUGCAGCCCUGAUUGCAUGCUGCUCCUGGACAGUGAUGAGCCGUUCAGCUGCGCUGGGAUUUCUACCGUGAAGAAAGGAGAGGUGGAAUAUGAGUUGUAGACAUCCUCUCGAGCUUCUUGUGCGUUGUUUUUCCUGCAUCUGUAUAUAAACCUGCUAGUAUUGAGCACGCACGCUCUUACACCUACAUUGGUGUUCCUGUGACUGUGCCACAGGACCGGUGUUUCUCGCCGUCAUGGCUUCCGUUUGGAAAAGACUGCAGCGUGUUGGGAAACAUGCAUCCAAGUUCCAGUUUGUGGCCUCUUACCAGGAGUUGAUGGUGGAGUGCACCAAAAAAUGGCAGCCAGAUAAGCUAGUGGUGGUUUGGACAAGAAGAAGCCGAAGAAAAUCCUCUAAGGCUCAUAGCUGGCAGCCUGGAAUCAAAAACCCAUACCGUGGGGUGGUGGUAUGGCCUGUUCCUGAAAACGUUGAGAUUACUGUGACACUUUUUAAGGAUCCUCAUGCUGAAGAGUUUGAAGACAAAGAAUGGACGUUUGUCAUAGAGAACGAAUCUCCUUCUGGCCGCAGAAAAGCGCUCGCCACCAGCAGCAUCAACAUGAAGCAAUACGCAAGCCCCAUGCCUACACAGACAGAUGUCAAGUUAAAAUUCAAGCCUUUGUCCAAGAAAGUGGUAUCUGCCACGUUACAGUUCUCUUUAUCCUGUAUUUUUCUGAGGGAAGGGAAAGCCACGGAUGAAGACAUGCAAAGCCUGGCUAGUUUGAUGAGUAUGAAGCAAGCUGAUAUUGGAAAUCUGGAUGAUUUUGAGGAAGACAAUGAGGAAGAUGAAGAAAACCGAGUGAAUCAAGAGGAAAAGGCUGCAAAAAUUACAGAAAUUGUAAACCAGCUGAAUGCUCUGAGCAGCUUAGAUGAAGAUCAAGAUGACUGCAUAAAGCAAGCAAAUAUGCCUUCAGCUAAAUCAGCCAGUUCCUCUGAAGAGCUUAUCAAUAAGCUUAAUUUCCUGGACAAAGAGGAACAAGACCUGGCUGACUCUAGUAUGAACCCUUUUGGUGAUCCUGAUGCAGCCGAAUUAAAUCCAUUUGGAGAUCCUGAUGUAGAAGAACUGGACAGUGAGAUCGCAUCAUCUUCAAAGGCAGAAGAAGGUUUCUAUGUUGACAGUUACAAUCCUUUCAAGGACGAAGAUGCCCCGGAGUACUUGAACCCAUUUGAUGAACCAGAUCCUGACCCCGAAACAUUUGUAACCAUAAGAGAUUCUCCUCCUCAGCCUGCAAAAAGGAAGAACGUCAGACCAGUAGAUAUGAGCAAAUACCUCUAUGCAGAUACCUCCAAAGCUGAAGAGGAAGAACUAGAUGAAUCAAAUCCAUUUUAUGAACCAAAAUCAAGCCCUGCUUUAAUUAAAGUUGGUCCAUUGCAAGAACCAGAAAAGAAGAUGAAAAGAAGGGCGCCUGAACCACCAAACCUCUUGCCAAAGACAGAGACAAACAUGAGUGAGAAUGUGUCAGCUAUUCCUGCAUCGAGAGAGCUUUCUUCUUCUCCAAAGCCAAGCCCAAUACCAAGUCCUGUCCUGGGGAGGAAGCCAAAUGCGAGUCAGUCCCUGCUUGUGUGGUGCAAAGAAGUUACAAAAAACUAUAGGGGAGUGAAAAUCACCAACUUUACAACAUCGUGGAGAAAUGGGCUUUCCUUCUGUGCAAUACUGCAUCACUUUAGACCAGAUCUCAUUGACUACAAGUCCCUGAAUCCUCAAGAUAUUAAAGAGAACAACAAAAAGGCGUACGAUGGGUUUGCCAGCUUAGGAAUAUCACGACUGCUGGAGCCUUCUGACAUGGUUCUGUUGGCAAUCCCCGACAAGCUGACCGUUAUGACCUAUCUCUAUCAAAUACGGGCGCAUUUCUGCGGCCAGGAGUUGAAUGUGGUUCAAAUAGAGGAGAACAGCAGUAAAAGCACAUAUAAAGUGGGUAACUACGAAACAGACACCAACAGCUCCGUGGACCAGGAGAAGUUCUACGCAGAACUGAGCGACCUGAAGCGGCAGCCUGAGCUGCAGGCGCCGGACGGCGGCCUGGCGGACUUUGCCUCUCAGGAUGACUCUGUGUUUGUGAACGACAGCGGGGUCGGGGAAUCCGAAAGCGAGCAUCAGACACCUGAUGACCACUUAAGCCCAAGCACAGCUUCCCCUUCCUCUCGCAGGACUCGAAGUGACACAGACCCGCAAAAGUCCCAGCAGAGCUCUGGAAGGACUUCUGCCUCUGAAGAAGUUGGGAAGUGCAGCAGUACGGAUACAGCACAAGCGCAGCCCGUGGUGGGAAGGAAGAAAUUGCUGAAAGCUGACACUUUAGACUUAAGUGACUUGGCACAUGUCAGUGAUCAAAAAGAGGAUGUAUCUCCCACAAUUGCUUGUGAAGAUAACGACAAAAAAAGACACCAGAGUUCAGACAACACCGUUGGCUUCUCAGAGCAGAAAAGGCUGGGACAUAUGGGAUCCCCAGAGAGUGUGAGAGAAGAUCCUGGAUCACGUGGCAUGAAGCAGAGUUUAUCUCCUACUUCUAACCUUGGAUACUUUUAUAAGGAUAUGGAUCUUGCAAAGAAAACGUGUACUUCUCCAAGGCAAGCUGAAUCUGAUUCUGACAGCGAUGCCAGAAUGACUUCAAAUCAUGCAGAUCCAGCUGCAAAGGCAGCCCAGCAACGAAUGUUGUCAAGACAGGAAGAACUUAAAGAACGAGCAAGAGUUCUGCUUGAGCAAGCAAGAAGAGAUGCAGCUUUAAAGGCAGGGAAUAAGCAGCUAACCAAUACGAUCAUCCCAGCCCGCAGUAAGCAGCUGAAUGAUCAGCAAGAUGAAGAGCGGCGUCGGCAGCUGAGAGAGCGAGCUCGUCAGCUAAUAGCAGAAGCUCGAUCUGGAGUGAAGAUGUCAGAACUUCCUAGCUACACUGAAAUGGCUGCAGAAAAGUUGAAAGAAAGGUCAAAGGCAUCUGGAGAUGAGGAUGAGGAUGAUGAUAAUAUUGAGAUAGAUACUAACGAGGAGGUUCCUGAAUGCUCUGUUACUGGAGGUGGAGAUGAGCUUACUAACCUAGAAAAUGACCUUGAUUCAACGGCAGAACAAAACAGUAAGUUGGUGGAUUUGAAGCUGAAGAAGACCCUAGAAACUCAGCCACAGGUGGCAAAUUCACUCUCCAGCGCUGCUCAGAAAGCUGUAACUGAUAGCUCCGAGCAAGAUGUUAAACAGAAUGGAACAGAGGAGCAUCGUGCUGAGCGAUUACAAAAAUCAGCAGAACGUUUUAGAAAUCCUGUUGUGUUCAGCAAGGACUCCACCGUCAGAAAAACUCAGCUCCAGUCUUUCAGUCAGUAUGUGGAGAGCAGACCAGAGAUGAAAAGGCAGAGAUCAAUACAGGAAGAUACAAAGAGAGGAAAUGAGGAGAAGGCUGCGAUAACUGAGACUCAGAGGAAGCCAUCAGAAGAUGAAGUGCUUAAUAAAGGGUUCAAAGACACCAGUCAGUAUGUUGUAGGAGAAUUGGCAGCACUAGAGAAUGAGCAAAAGCAAAUUGACACCCGUGCCGCGCUGGUGGAGAAGCGCCUUCGCUAUCUCAUGGACACAGGAAGAAACACGGAAGAAGAGGAAGCUAUGAUGCAGGAGUGGUUCAUGCUGGUUAACAAGAAGAACGCCUUGAUAAGACGGAUGAACCAGCUUUCCCUCCUGGAAAAAGAGCACGACCUGGAGCGGCGCUACGAGCUGCUGAACCGGGAGCUGCGCGCCAUGCUGGCUAUCGAAGGUAAGCAUUGGCUGUGCUGCUGGUAAUGGCACGCAGUGGGUGCACCAGGCGUUGGUGCCAUGUGCAAGGUUCAGUCAGGAAAAAUAAAAAUACGGGGCACAAAGUGUGGUAUCCUUGGCAUACGUGUAGGUGAAAGCACUAAAGAGGUGAAGGGUUGGUUUUGGAGCAGCGACGCGCUGCUUCUGGCCGCAGAGACCGGACGGGGCGACCUGCUGGAGGGAGCUCUGCCUUCUGCCCUGCGGGUGGGUCUCACACCAGCACCUUGCUGGGAAAAAGGGCCUCCUUUUCGUGGCAAAGCGGUGAUUUGCUAAGCAAAGACUUGGUUGGGGCGACACUGGGAUCAGGGCAGUCCCACACACCCAUUUUCUCCGUUCUCUGCACUCCCCGUGCUCAAGUCACCUCACCUGAAUGAGGCCCAGGGGCAGAUUGACACGCGGGAUCAGGGAAACAGCUCAAACUUUCCACAAGGCUUUGGAGUGAAUUGUACAAUAAUCCUAGGGAUGAUUCAUAAUAAAAAAUAAACAUCCAGAUAGCUUAA